AAAAUCUUCAAUUAAUUCGCUCAUGGAUAAAAUCAAGAGUAUGUUACCAGUAGAAUUUAAAGAUGUUCGUCUUAAUCUUAACGUGUAUUAUAUUGGAAUAAUUCUUGAAUAUCUAAGUAAUGAAUCUAUUUCACAUGUUAUUCACAUUAUCGUAGAAUCUACACCAGUACUAGAGAGUCAUAGAUAA